UCUCAGAAAUAUCCACCAGCAAUAUACUCUGAAUUAUAUUAUUCUAUUAUUGUUUAGUUUCGAAACAUGGAAUAGUACAGCUCGCUGUGUAAACACAACAGUGCACUUUUCUUGUUUCCCCCCUUCUUUUCUUUAGCACGGAGUUUCUUCCGGCGGCUCCUCGGUGAGUCCAUUAGCGCCUUCAGUAUGAAUGUGAACGUGUUCAGAAGCGGGAUUUCUAUAUAUUAACUAUAUACAUAGACGAUGAUCGGUGGAUAUUUACGCGGCAUGGAUUAAUUUAUUUGUUUGUCAAGAAGAAAUCAGAGUGGAAAUCGUGUCUGGUUUUACAGGAUCAGUGAAGGAUGAAGAUGUCUGAUGUAUGGAGCUGAGACCAACUCUGAUUUAAGCAGUUCUGGAGAAGUCCCACAGGUCCCUGUUGACGGUUGAGGGACCAUGGGAGAUGGAGGUGUCCGUGCAGCGGGAGAGGGGGUCAAUCAGUCACACAUUCUCUUUGACCGCUUUGUUCAGGCCACCACAUGUAAGGGGACGCUUAAAGCCUUUCAGGAGCUGUGUGACUUUCUCGAGCUCAAGCCCAGCGAAUAUCGAGUCUUCUACCACAAGCUCAAGUCCAAGCUCAACUACUGGAAGGCGAAAGCACUCUGGGCCAAACUAGACAAACGUGCCAGCCACAAGGAGUACAAGAAAGGCAGAGCUUGUACGAACUCUAAGUGUCUAAUCAUCGGAGCAGGACCAUGUGGUCUGCGCACAGCUAUAGAACUUGCCUUUAUGGGAGCCAAGGUGGUCCUGUUGGAGAAGAGAGACGCCUUUUCCCGCAACAAUGUUCUGCACUUGUGGCCUUUCACCAUUCAUGACCUGCGUGGUCUUGGCGCAAAAAAGUUCUAUGGAAAAUUCUGCGCUGGCUCAAUAGACCAUAUCAGUAUUCGUCAGCUGCAAUUGAUGCUGCUGAAAAUGGCUCUGCUCCUGGGCAUCGAAAUCCAUGUCAAUGUGGAGUUUAAAGGCCUCAUUGAGCCACCAAAAGACCAAGAGAAUGAGAGGAUUGGCUGGAGAGCUGAAGUCCAUCCCAAAACGCAUCCUGUUAGUGAGCUGGAGUUUGAUGUCAUCAUCGGGGCAGAUGGGAGGAGAAACACAUUAGCAGGAUUCAGAAGGAAAGAGUUCAGGGGCAAGUUGGCCAUCGCCAUCACGGCCAACUUUAUAAACCGCAACACUACAGCUGAGGCCAAAGUGGAGGAGAUCAGUGGGGUGGCCUUCAUCUUCAACCAGAAGUUCUUUCAGGAUCUAAGGGAAGCCACUGGGAUUGAUCUGGAAAACAUUGUCUACUACAAGGAUGACACACACUACUUUGUAAUGACUGCGAAGAAGCAGAGUUUGCUAGAGAAAGGCGUCAUCCUGCACGAUUAUGUGGACACAGAGAUGCUUCUAUCCAGAUCUAACGUGGACCAAGCUGCUUUGCUGUCCUACGCCAGAGAGGCUGCUGACUUCUCCACCAAUCAGCAGCUGCCCAGUCUGGACUUCGCCAUCAACCAUUACGGGCAGCCUGACGUGGCUAUGUUUGAUUUUACAUGCAUGUACGCCUCGGAAAAUGCCGCGCUGGUUCGCCAACGCAAUGGCCACCAGCUGCUUGUAGCUCUAGUUGGAGACAGCCUUCUGGAGCCAUUCUGGCCGAUGGGGACUGGCAUUGCACGAGGCUUUUUGGCAGCCAUGGACUCAGCAUGGAUGGUAAAAAGCUGGGCACAGGGGGCAACUCCAUUAGAGGUGCUGGCAGAGAGGGAAAGCAUAUAUCGUCUGCUACCACAAACCACUCCGGAGAACGUGAGUAAGAACUUCAGUCAGUACACUCUGGAUCCCACAACGCGCUACCCCAACAUCAGUCUCCACCUGCUCCGACCCAAUCAGGUACGACAUCUCAUAGACACCGGGGAGACCAGGGAAAUCCGCAUCGACAUGGAGAAUGUGGUCAAUUCUUCCACACCCAAACUCACGAGGAACGAACUUGUACUUGACAAGCAGUUCCAAGAAUCUGUAGCACGUUCCAGCAAGCUGCUAAACUGGUGUCAGAGGCAGACGGAUGGUUAUAGAGGGGUCAGUGUGACGGAUCUCACCAUGUCAUGGAAGAGUGGUCUUGCUUUAUGUGCCCUUAUCCAUCGCUACAGGCCAGAUCUCAUUGAUUUUGACUCGCUGGACGAGAAGGACAUGGAAAAAAACAAUCAGUUCUCUUUUGACGUAGCUGAAAAGGAGUUUGGGAUUUCACCCAUCAUGACUGGAAAGGAGAUGUCUGCCGUAGUGGAGCCUGAUAAACUCUCGAUGGUCAUGUACCUUAGCCAGUUCUAUGAGAUGUUUAAGGACACGGUGCCCCCUGGUGAAAAUCACAACCUGAGUCCAGAGGAAAAGGCUGCUUUGAUUGCCAGCACCAAAUCUCCCAUCUCCUUUCUCAGCAAACUUGGUCAGAGCAUCAACAUCUCGAGGAAACGCAACCCCAAGGAUAAGAAGGAGAAGGAUCUUGACGGAUUGGGGAAGAGGAGAAAGACGAGUCAGACCGGUCACUCUGAAGAUGAGGAGCCUCAGCGGCCGGUGCGCGACGAGAGACCUUUCGUAGCCACAGCUCUAACAGAGCGUAGGGUCGACACUACUGCAGCAGCCAACAACUACAAGGUGAAAUCCAUGGCCACGCAACUGCUAGCCAAGUUUGAGGAGAAUGCUCCGGUACAGUCUACUGGACUCAAAAGACAGAUUGACUCUAUGCCUGAUCUGGGGCAUGUGCUGUCCCCAUACCUGCCAUCCACCUCUCUGAAGGAGUCAGUGCACCUGGCACCACUUCCUGCAUGGAGAAAGGCUAGCCGAAGCAGCGACGGCCUGCGGAGCUGCCCUAAGAAAACCAUUCUGCUCUAUCCUCCUCCUCCUCCAUCAUCUUCCUCUCCAUCGCUCUCUCCACACACACAGAAGAAUGUUCACCAACUGCUGGUAGAUGAACAUGACAGUGACGAUGAUGUCCUGGAUCAUCUGACAUUCUCUUACAGGGAAAGUGAGUUAAGAUAUAUGGAGCCUGUCCAUUUCGCGAACAUUCAGGAGAGAGCUGAGAUGCUAAAUGCUAAGUUUACAGGGCGGUCCCACAAGCCUGACAAACCCCAGCCGAUAAAAAAGCCAUCACGCUUCUUUCUUCAGCAGUGGCUUUUGAGCCAUGGGUUACACCCCGGCCAGCCGCCCUCCUCCCCUGAACCCGAACAGGAGGAGACACAGAGUUUGCGAUUGCACUCUGACGAUCAAGUGCCUAUACACAUCCCUAGCAUCCAGGAACGAGCCGAGAGGUUAGCUUCUCUGUUCAAAGACAAGCCUGCUACACCUAAGCCAAAGAAAAAGCCCUCACGUUUUCUUAUUGAGCAGUGGCACAGAAAGCGAGAGAUGUCCACUGAUCCCCAGCUCAGCUCGCUCUCCUUGAAUCGACAGCAAUAUAUAAAGAUGUAUACAGGUGGUGUGAGCUUGUUGGCUGAGCAAAUAGCCAAUCAGCUUCAGCCUCAGGAGGACCGCUGGAGCCGUCUUGAUAAGAGGGAAUUGGGUUCCUUACGAAAGGAGUUUCCUCAGAACAUUGGAGGCAGCGAUGUGUGUUUCUUCUGCCGGAAGCGCGUGUAUGUGAUGGAGCGUUUGAGCGCGGAGGGCAAGUUCUUUCACCGAACCUGCUUCAAGUGUGACUAUUGCGGCACCACGCUGAGGCUCUCAUCCUACGCCUUUGACGUUGAGGAUGGGAAGUUUUACUGUAAGCCGCAUUACUGUUACCGGUUGUCUGGGCAGGCUCAGAGGAAGAGACCUGCUCCCCCUGCUGCUCCUCUUCAGCCAAAGGAAUCAAAGGUACCAGUGAUACCUGCAGCCAGUGUGGAUGCCCCUGGGGAUCCAUGUCCGGUGGAGCGUGGGCCCUCAGCUCCCGAGGUGAAUGGUGUGGUCGAGCCAAGUGUGGCGAAACGUCUUAAAGGGACUCCUGAGCGCAUUGAGUUGGAGAACUACCGGAUGUCCAUGCAAAGAGAGGAGGAACUAGAGGAGGUGCCUGAGGAGACGCUGGCUGAGCACAACCUCAGCAGCGUGCUGGAUAAGGGCACAGAUGUGGACGAGGGCUCCAGUAGCUCAGAAUCUGACAUGGAGGAAGAGGGUGAGGAAGAGGGUGAGGAACUGGCGGCACCCACGUCCUCUGACCUCGGUGGAGUGCCAUGGAAGGAGGCCGUGGAGCUUCACGCGAAACUAAAAGCUGGCAGCGAUGCUGGGGGAAGCAGGAAGGAUGGAGAAAUAGAGGAAGAGGAUGAAGAAGAGGAGGGAGAUGAGGAAGAGGACGAUGAGGAGGAGGAGGAGGGGGAGGAAGGGGAGGAUGAGGAAGAAGAAGAAUCAAGCGAUGAAGGGGAGUAUUUCCCUUGGGAAAGGGAGCUUCAGUCAGGUCUAUGGCUGGAGAACCUGAAUGAUGAAGAGGAUACAUGUACAUUUAAAGCCAGGAACCUGCAAAUUCAACAAAGCCUGCAGAUAGUGGACCAUGUGUUUUCUCGGACUGAGGGGGAAAAGGAGGAGUGCUCAGAUUCGGGCUCUCUUCCUUCACUCUUCAACACCCAGCCUGGCUCCUGCACAGUCCCUUCCCACAAAUCAGUGCGGCACGAGGCUGUCAGGGCCUGGCUGGACUCCAUGUCUGGAGAGCCUUGUGUAGAGGAUGAGGAAGAGCCUGAGGCUGAAGCAGGAAGCCCAGACAUUGGCACUGAGCUGGAUGAAGAAGACAUCCCUUCAGAUGCAGAAGCAGAAGCUCACUCUCAGCAUGUGGAAUUUCCUGAGCUUCUUCCAGUAGACACUGUGAAGCCAGAGAGCUUAGAGCAAGUUUCCAGAAUUGAGCAUAAAGAACGGGUGUCUGUUAGUCCAAAGGAAAUCAUUGUAGAUGUUAUUCUCACUCCAAUUCCAAAGCCAAGUACACCUGCUGAAGAGAUCAAAGAGAAGUUGACUCCAGUGCUGAUAAAAUCGCCAGGGACACGCUUUUUUCCUGAGCCUUUUUUGCCUGAUGCCAAAACAGUAGUCUCAUUGUCUCCUGACGUUAAGGCACCAAAUACUCCUGUUGCGGUGGUGGCUUCAUCUCCAAUUCGCUUCCAGCCAGUGCCCUUUCCAGAUACAGGCACCCCUAAAUCUCCUGUCCAGGUCGAGUCUUGUGCGUGCUCACCGUCAGCCAACCCAUUAUCUCCAAUCUGUGCUCAUCCUCUACCAUGCCAGGAGCCCUCGUCACCCUUCACUUCAGGGUCUCCUGUGAGGACUCAACCAGUCCCUGCUGUAACUUCUACUCCUCUGACAAAACCUGCCUCAGAGAGGACAACCACAGAAUCUCUGAAUGUGAAGGAUUCCACAGUUGAGACACCAGUCAAGAAGGCUGACAUCAUUGAAGAGUUCUGGCUGAAGAGUGCUGAGAUUAGGAGGAGUUUAGGGCUCACGCCUCUGGAAAGAAACAAAGCUUUAGAGAAGAGCAUAAUUAAAUCUCCUACUGCAGAUCCUAUAUUGUCUAAACCCCCGAUCUCUGAGACCAUGUCAGAGAAGCCAGUAUUUACAGGCCGCACGGUAAUCCACAGACUAAAUAUAACUGUUGAGGGUCAGGUAAUCUCUCCUGUAGAACUCAAGAGUAGUAUUUCAGAAAGGAAAGAUCUAAGCAGUAGCUCAGGUCUGGGCUUAAAUGAUAGCAACACUACUAGUCAGACGCAUACCUGUGACAGCAUUACCAACUCUGACUCCACUAUGCUCACACCUCCUUCCAGUCCUCCACCACCUCCACCAAAUGAGGAGCCAGCAACUCUUACAAAGAGGAAACCUCAAGUGUCUUGGGAGAAGCUAACUUCACCUAGUGAGGAACCUGAAGUGGAAAAGGCACUUCCCAAAGCUAAAACUCCUACCAGUCCGAAUAAAAGCAAAUUUGUGACUGCUCCAGUAGCUGCUCCCAGAACCACACCCCCAGUGGUGAUGAGGAUAAAGGAGCCAAAUAAACCACGUCGAGAAGAAGUGAGGAAGUCUUUUGCAGAGUGCGUAGAUGAGAUUCCAUUUGCUGAUGAUGUGGAGGAAGACACGUAUGAUGACCGAACCCCUGACACAAGCAUGCAGGAAAGGUUUUACACCCCACCCACCAGCAGAGUGAAUAGGGACAAGCCUUCUCUCCACCUUGCUUUAGCUAUGGAGAAUGGGAAACCCAACAUCCAAGGAGGUCUUGUCUCCAGACCGGUAAAAGGCCCCCAGCAGUUUUCUCCUGAAGCCAAGGAGAUUGCUGAAGAGCGGAUGAGGGCGAGGGAGAAAUCGGUAAAAAGUCAAGCUCUAAAAGACGCCAUGGCCAAGCAGAUUAAUAAAAUGAAAGAAUCUGAGUCAAGUAAGGGUGCGGUUGCCAAAGUGGCCUGGAACGUUUCGGAUGUAGCUGUUAAAAACAAGAAGCGUUCAAGUUCUCCAAAGUCUUCUGCUGUAAAGGCUUUGGAGAGCAAAAAGCAGGCAGAGGCACUUCCCGACCGAUUCUUUACCUCACCUUUAAACAAGAGCGUAGAUAGUUCUGUCACCUCAUCAGAAAGUUCUACAGGAGGCAAGAGUAAAAAACGUAGCUCACUUUUCUCACCACGUAAGAACAAGAAAGAGAAGAAGGCAAAAAAUGAAAGACACACUGGUACUGAAGAGACUCCACCCAAACACAAGUCCUUGUGGAAAGCUGUAUUUUCUGGCUACAAGAAAGACAAAAAGAAGAAAGAUGACAAAUCUUGUCCAAGCACACCCUCUAGCUCUACAACAGUGGACUCGGGAAAGAAGAAAGGAUCACCUGUGGCAAGGUCCUCAGAUUUGCAUUUAAGAAAAACCCUCAGUUUUUCCGAGGACUCAGAUCUGUCCUGUGAUGAUAUUCUUGAAAGAUCUUCUCAGAAAUCCAAGGCGGAUUCUCUUUAUGUUCCUCAUACAUUGGCAUUGAAGAGAUCAUAUGCCACAAAGAAGACGUACACUGAGGAAGAGCUAAAUGCCAAGCUUACACGCAAGGUCCAGAAGGCAGCUCGGCGUCAGGCCAAGCAGGAGGAGCUGAAGAGGCUUCACAGGGCUCAGAUUAUUCAGAGACAGCUAGAGCAGGUAGAGGAGAAACAGAGGCAGCUGGAGGAGGGUGUGGCAGUGGAGAAGGCUCUGCGAGGGGAAGCAGGGUUACAUAAAGGUUCUAGUGUUAGCCCUAAACAGCGCAAGAGGCGCUCAGACUAUUGGGGAGAGUCUAAUUACAGUGAGAUCCUGGACAUGCAUCUGGGCGGAAUGGGCAAAAAGGACGACCCGAAGCUGAUGCAGGAAUGGUUUAAACUGGUUCAGGAGAAGAAUGCCUUGGUGCGCUAUGAGUCAGAACUGAUGAUAUUUGCUCGUGAGUUGGAGUUGGAGGACAGGCAGAGUCGACUGCAGCAGGAACUCCGAGAGCGCAUGGCAAUUGAAGACCAUUUGAAGACUGAGUCAGAACUGACUGAGGAGAAGAGGAUCCUAAAUGAGAUGUUGGAGGUGGUGGAGCAGAGGGACUCUCUCGUGGCUCUCCUAGAGGAGCAGAGGCUCAGAGAGAAGGAAGAGGACAAAGACCUGGAGUCUGUCAUGCUCUCCAAAGGCUUCAGCCUCAACUGGGCUUAGCAGUAGCAGCCGAUCAACUCAACAUGAUCUUCACAACACCAUGAGAAAUGUAAAGACCCGGUCAAGUUUGCCUGCCUCUCCCGAUGGCAUUUAAGAACCUUUCUGACGUUUUACGAGUCAUCCUGACUCGACUCAGGGUUGGUCUCUUCACCUGUCUCUCUCAUUAUGCUUCAAAGGAAAUCCAGGCAAGCCAUUGUGUCCAUACAAGACAUUUUUUGCCCAGUUUUUCAAAAAUCUUUUGGUUUCAGAAAGGGAAUAAACAGGGACGUCUUAAAGACAAUUCAAAGGGAACACAGCUUUUGUCAAAUAUUCUGUUCAGCAGCUGUUACAGAGGAGAGAGUUUUUUGGACUCUAUCCAUACCUUUUUUUAUUUACUUUUGACUACUGACUGAAAGUAGAAACAAUAUAGUUGCGAUGCCUUUCCAACCCACAAUGCAAUGUGGACACAUGAUCAAUGGCUUUUGCAUUUUUCCACAAUCUAUUUCAAUAAUUUUUUCUGGACAGAAUUGUUUAGUUACAUAUUUAUUUUACUUGGAUUUUUGUUUUACAGAAAAAAAAAACCACCGUGAAUUUCCAUUGCACACUAAGAAGAAUCUCCACUUGUUUUUGUAUUUGUAAAUUAUGAUCAGAAAAUGUUUUGUUUUUAAUUCGCUCUUAAGCCGCCUCAUAUCAGGACUAAAGGAUAUCUAAGAACAAGUAUAUCCUGUAUUGUAUAUAGGACUUGGCCUUCAGCUCAUAUUAAGUGGUGAUGCACUCUUAGUGGAGCUUCUCAUUUGCAGUGUCUAGUGCUGUCUCCGUGCUCUUAAGUGAUCUUAAUAUUAUUCCUGUGUAAGUUUACAAUCAGCUUCCUAAUAUAAGUUUCCAACAGCCACACUACAGUUUACAGAAACGGAAACGUCGUGGAAACGUACAUAGGGAAAUGCAAUAUUAAUGUUUUAAAAGAGAUCAUCGAUGCCUCGUGGAUCACCUUUGUAUAUUUUUUUUGAAAUCCUGACCUUUUAUUUGAUAUCACAUAUCAGUAUGCCACAAAAUUUAAUACAUUAUUUGUCUCCUGGAUUGCUAAGACUAAAAAAAAACUCCUUCUGAUCUCAUCCUGAGAUCAAGAUGAGAAACUGCAUGCACUGGCUGAGUAGCAACAUGCCUUUAUCACAAAGUCAUAUUCACAUCCCUAAUGUUUACUCACCUUUACCAAGGAUUGGUUUUUUUUUUUGGUUUGUUUUUUUAUGUAUUUUUUUUUAUAUAUAUAAAAAAGUACUACAUUUUAACAUUCACACAUCACUAACACAAUAUUGUGUACAGCAAGAAAUCUUCAUAUAUUUGGCAAAACCAUUUGUAAUGCCUUUGAACAAGCUGUAUGUCUAUUGAUCACACUGUAUAGGUUGCUUGUACCUAUAUUUCAGCUUGGCCACAUUACGCUGUAUAGACUGACACAGAUUUUUGUAUGUAUGUAUGUACAAGAUGACUGUGGGCAAAAAAAGAUUGAUGAGUGCAAGGCCUAGUUAUUUUGACUGUGUACAUUUUUUUGCAGAGUUUAUUGGUAUUUAUUAACGUGUGAAAAUGUAUUAUAUGUGUAAAAAAAAAAAAAAAAUGGAACCUAAUUUUUAAAAUUGUAUGUUGUCAAUUCUUGACGUGUAAAUGCUUUCCGGUAGCUAAUCUGCAUAUAAGAUGUUGGAUGUACGUUGGAAGGUAAUAAAAAACAAACAAAAAUAAAAAGCUUCUGGUCCUUCGUUUUA